AUGUACCCUGUUGCUCUUGUAAUGCUUCAGGAAGAUGAGCUGCUUAACCGUAUGAGAUUUGAUCUUGUCCCCAAACUAGUGAAAGAAGAAGUCUUUUGGAGGAACUAUUUCUACAGGGUAUCACUAAUAAAACAAUCUGCACAACUAACUGCAUUAGCAGCCCAGCAAUCCACAGGCAAAUCAGACAAGACAAAUGGCAAGACCGAUGAUGGUGGUUUAGAAGAAACUGUCAGACCAAAGACUCCACCUGUUGCUAUUAAAAAUCAAAUGAAAACUCAGGAGGAAGAAGAGGAGAUUUCUACCAGCCCAGAAGUAUCUGAAUUUGUGAGUGAAGCAUUUGAUUCCUGUGAUAUAGACCAAGAAGACCUACGGAAAGAAAUGGAACAGCUUGUGCUGGACAAAAAGGACGAGCUUGACACAGCAGAAGAGGAGUCCGAAGACUGGAUCCAUGAAUUGCAACAAGUGGUUCAAGAAUAUGAAGUAGUUUCUGGCUCUGACAAAAUGAAGGAUGAGAACUGGGACAAAGAGAUAGAGGAACUCCUCCAGGAGGAUUAA